UGCAUAUAAAUACUACAUACAGGUACUGACACCUCCAGUACGAGGAUAGUUAUAGAGUGUUUCGAUCCGUGUGGAGACUCUUCAGCACAAAAUAGUGAUUACCAUUUGUGGCGAUUGUUUGUGUUUUUAAUUGUUUGCUGAAAAUGAAGUUAAUUAUAAUAGCCAGUGCUGUUCUCUUGGUAUGUGUUUACGGUGUGCCACAAGGACCUAUCUUGGAACCAAUCCCCAUUAUCCGACAGGAGCAAGAAAUUAAUCCCGAUGGGUCGUACAGAUGGAAUUAUGAGACCGGAAAUGGAAUCAUAGCGGAAGAACAAGGUUUCCUAAAGAACCCUGGAUCCGAACAAGAGGCACAGGUAGCCCAGGGCGAAUACUCGUACACAUCCCCCGAAGGGCAACUGAUCCGGGUGCAGUACAUCGCGGACGAGAACGGCUUCCAGCCCAUCGGUGAUCAUCUUCCCACGCCUCCACCGAUCCCACCGGCAAUUCAGCGGGCGCUUGAGUUUCUCGCCAGCCAACCACCCAGUAUUGACACCCGUCGAUUAUAGAGAAGAGCAUAACUAGCAAGAGUCGGUUCGCCCUAUCCAGCUUGGGCCGCACCUUACUGGAGAAACCUUACCUAUUCCUAAUUGAAAUCAAAGCUAAUCAUAAUCAGUUUGUCAGAGCGGACGUUGCUGAGAAUAAAAUGUAAAUUUUCGAUUGAAGCCAACAAUAAAUGAAAAAGCGAGUGUACUGAGAGUACAUUUUUUUCUACCGGCCGAAAGAGAUAAGUAUUAAGAUAUUAAGUACAUGUCCGUCUGAUGAAUUGUGUCGCGAAAUUAUGACCUUCUUAAAAUGCUAGUUGUUUGACAUACUAACCGAAGCUAGCUUCGGUCAUCGGAUAUAAUGGAUAUAGCAGCGACAUUUGGCAAAUACCCAACGAAGCCUAAGCAAAGGAAGGGUGUUUUCGCGAGGUGAUAACGUGAGCUGAGUACAAUGUACAUUUUGCAAUAAAAUUUAUGUUUGCGAAACAGUUUAUUGAAAGGAUCGA